AUGCCCAAAGAUGAGUCAGAGGAAUUCAAGACAUCGAGUAUGGGCACGCCCAUCGAGCCCUGUAGCGAGCAUCCAGCGGGUCGUGAACCCCUUCAUCCGUCAAAGCCAUUCCCGUUCCCAAACUGCUAUCAGCAUUCUUUCGGUUGUGUGAUCGUCCGCAUACCUACUCGUGACAUAGAUUAUGGCGAUGCUGUAAGACUGUCUGUCAAGGAAAGGAUGAGACAUGAAGACUAUCUUAGUGAGGAUUGGGCCCAGCACAACGCAUUACACACACAACAGAGCGAAGAUGAUUUUAGACUUCAUACCUUGACCAUCACACUAUUUCUAGGCCCUCCGCCUGUGGAAACGGAGAAGACCCCAAAAAUUUCCGAAAUUGUAGCCAACCCUGACUCACCUGUCCCUCCGACUGACGCCGUGAAUGUGCAAGACUGGCUUCAGGCGGUCUACUGCAGCGAGGAUCAAGAUGGCGCGCCAUGUCCGCACAAAGAUGCUGUCUCUGAGCACUUUGAUGCCGCCAUCACUACAGACGAUGAUCGUAUACCUACGCUCAAUGGCAACACUGACACAGUGUACUCCGACAGUGUCGACAGUGAUGCUGACACUGAUAACCUCCUCCUUAAUGCCGACAGCGAUGCUGACACUGAGGCCAUCGUUGAGGCUGUCCUUGGUCCAUUCCGCGCUAAAGUUGAUGAUAUCGAUGUCGUGCCUCUUGUCAACUACUCGUUCGAUUUGACCGAAGGAGGAGAAUGUGCUGAUCCCCGUGGGUUCGCCGAGGAAGCAGAGGCAAUGGCUGAGCUCAUCCGGAAAGCACGCGAUGGUGCGCUGGGUAAGCUUCGGGCGGCGACACCUGACGGUGCAGUACCGUUGGCUCAAGCUGUGGCCGAGGGCGCCACUACGGAGCCCGAUCUGGUACACGAUGAGGCUCCCACCAAUGCAAACUCUGGCGAUGCUAUCACUGACCAUUCUUCGAACACUAUGGUGAUGGCGGUAGAGCGUUCAGUUGAUACACCGCCGGAGUCCUUGUCAGAGACUAAGGGCGAGACCACCUUACCGGAGGCGCAGUCAUUCUGGCGACUGGCACGAAUGAAGAGAUCUCUGCUUACCUUUACAAAAGGCCCGGUGAAGCAAGGCCAGCGUCAGGUCUCUGCGCUGGCAGUCAAAAUGAAGAGACUCCUUUGUAUUUGCAGUGUUCAUAACAACUAG